CUACGAUUUCCACCUUGAAUGGCUGUUAUCUGCAACAUUUGGGAAAGAAAUCCUACAGAUGCACUCUUCGCUACGAAGCAUAUCGAAGAGACAUUAUUAGUGAUCACCACAGACGACGGUCUGAACCCAGAACAUCGUGUUGCAGAUCACUAUUUCCCGCCUCCAACGUGAGACUGCCCUCUUCCUAAAUCCAGUUAAUAAUCCAAGGCAACUGAUUACUUUCCAGCUUCUCCUCGCCGCAGGCUGGCUCUGCAAUCAGCCCCCAACUCUCUCUCUCCUGACCGCGCAACGCAACCCGAGCUCAGGGUCUUUUGUGAAAAUCAAGGCCGGGAUUUCUAGGCCUCCCAGAGAGGGGAGGGUCUUUUUGAUCUGAAAUGAGAGCGGGGGGGGGGGGGGCGGUGAAAGUACUCACUUGCCCUCCUGGCAGUCGUAAAGAACGAUGGAGUCGUCAUCGCUGCUGGAGAUGAGCGUCUCUCCGUUGGCAUCUGCAGUUCCCAUUAUCUCAGAUUACUCAUGCACUGCUAUUACUUGAGAUGCCUGGUGCCUUCAACACUUUGAGCCUUUCAUUAUCCUAAACUAUGCCGUCUUGUGGAUUCACAGCCACACAUAUCAGUUAACACUGAAUGAACUCUGAACCCUGUUAAUCCAGGAACUGUGAAAUAAGAAUUGAAGGUUUAAUUUGAUGCUGCGUCUGUGCUUGCUACACUGCAGAACUGAAUAACUUCUUACUGGCUUCCCAUGUGGUCUCUGGCAGGAUGAAAUUAUUCAGCAAUCAAUGAAUCUCUGUGGUUAAGAUGGUCACUGCAUUUGGAAGAUACUUGUGGCUUCAUUCCAACAAUCGACUCAUUUACAAGACCUGGAACCUAAAGAGGCUUCAUCUUCACAGUGCUUCUGUAAUUAAUAAAGAAAUGGCCCUUCGGCAGCAUGGUCUGCAGAUCUUUCAGGCAGCAAUCAAUGCCGUUUUGCCUCAAAACAUGAUGAAGAAGAAUAUUAGUAUAGAAGGAGACAGGUUGAUGAUACAAAAUCAGUGCUUCCCUGUCCAUAAAAAUGUCUCCCUUGUUGGAUUUGGAAAGGCUGUUUUGGGAAUGGCAGCUGUUAUGGAAGAGAUCUUGGGAGACCAUCUACUCCAAGGAGCGAUCAGUAUUCCUCUUGGCAUUCAAAGGAUUCUUUGUGAGGCAGGAAAAGAGGACAUGCUUUUAAAACCUAAUACAAAAAUACAAGCAAUGGAAGGAGCCAGACAUAACCUCCCUGAUGAGAAUGCUUUAAAGGCAGCCAACACUAUCCGUCAUUUGGUGGAAGGACUUGCUGCAGAUGACCUGCUGUUUGUGCUUAUCUCAGGUGGGGGUUCAGCUUUAUUGCCAGCUCCAAUUCCCCCUAUCACUUUGGAGGAGAAACAAUAUGUGACCAAACAACUUGCUGCUAAGGGGGCAACAAUUCAGGAACUCAAUACAGUGCGCAAGAUGCUGUCAGUGUUGAAGGGUGGAGGUUUGGCAAGGGCUGCCUAUCCUGCACAGGUGGUGAGUCUCAUCAUGUCUGAUAUUAUUGGCGACAAUUUGGAGUUUAUAGCCAGUGGCCCAACUGUACUUAACUUACAAAGCAAAGAUGACUGUCACAAGAUACUGUCAAAAUAUAACUUAUUAUUAUCCAUGCCAGAAUCUGUAAAAGAAGUUCUGUCUCAGUCCAGCAUGAAAGUGGACAAAGAGGAAAUUCAAACAUUUGCUCAUGUUUGCAAUUUUAUUGUGGGAUCAAAUGCAGUUGCUUUAGAGGAAGCAAAACACAAAUCAGAAAGCUUGGGUUAUAAUACUUAUGUCCUGUCUACUGCAGUCAGUGGAGAUGUCAGGACUGUGGCUAAAUUGUACAGUCUUUUGAUUAGAUAUGCGUAUUCAGUUCUGGCAGCUGCCAGUUCAAAAUACGUACAUGUAAGCAAACUGAAAGAUGAGAUCCUGCAGAUGGUCGUAAACUUGGAGCUUCCUGACUUUCAACUAGACGGCUGUUUGAAACUGUUGGAGGAGGCACAGAGUUCCAAGAAAUCAAUUUGCCUUUUGGCAGGGGGUGAAACUACAGUUCAACUCCAGGGUAAAGGUAAAGGGGGUCGAAAUCAAGAGCUGGCCUUGCAUGUAGCGUUGGAACUUCACAGUGCAAAAUCAAAGUUUCCACAAGAUCUACUUACAAAGCAUGAAGUUAUUUUUCUUACUGCCGGGACUGAUGGACAGGAUGGGCCCACGGAAGCAGCUGGUGCAUUUGCUUACUGUGAACUGGUUGACAAGGCCUUUGCUGAAGGGCUCAACACAGAGGACUUUGUAAACAACAAUGACUCCUUUACCUUCUUUAACAAGUUUAAUAAUGGAAUGGAUCAAAUUGUGACAGGACUGACAAAUACCAAUGUUAUGGAUGUGCAAGCAAUCAUUAUUCAAUACAAUGAAAUUUAAAUCAAGCAUUAGCCUUUCACUCAACAUAAAGGGAGAUGAAGAAGUAUCUAAUUUCUUUAAAAAGAGACAUAAUAUUGUCCUCACAUAGUAUUUUAUCAGCAAAGGAAACAAAGUUGAGCAUUGGCAUUACAUGUUAAAGCAAAUGAUGUUGGAUCAGAUAUGCCACAGCAUUUUGAGAGCCAUUAUUGCAUACCUCACAGACAAAGCUAUUCAAAUAAAGAUGUAAACAUUCAAGUUUUCCUCAAAUUAGUGCUCUAAGAUCUAGGCAAUAUUUUUUGACACAAGCCAUGGUUAUAAUUUUUUUAGAAUUUUAAGGGUUUGUAAAUUACAUACCUAAUUCCCCCAGUAACCCAGUAAAACAAAACUGAAUUGGAACUUAUAUCCACAAUCAACAGAAAAAGCAGACUACUGGGUUUUGUUUUUGGUGUAUGGCAUUAGGGAAGACCCUGCUAUAGCUGCAUACCUAUUUGCAACAUCAUGUUGAAUACCUUUGGAUAAACCAGAAAAGACCCAAACUCAAUUUCUUGUUUUAAGACCGUAAGAUAUAGGAGAAAAAUUAGGCCUUUCAGCCCACCCUGCUCUGCCAAACAAACAUGGCUGAUGUGUUUCUCAUUCUCCAGCCUUUUCCCCUUAACCUUUAAUCUCUUUACUAAUCAGUAACGUAUCUAUCUCUGUCUUAAAGAUACUCAAAUGAUCUGGCCUCCAUAGGUCGGCAGCAAUGAGUUCCACAGAUUAACCACCUUCUGACUAUGAAAUUUCUCAUCUCAGUUCUAAAGGGUCAUCCCUUCACCUAGGCUGUGCCCUCAAGUCUUAGUCUCUCCUUCUAAUGGAAGUAUCUUCACCAAGUCCACUCCAUCCAGGCAUCAAUGGACUUCAGUAAGGCAUUUGAUAAGGUUCCAGAUGGUAGGCUCAUUCAGAAGGUCAGGAGGAAUGGGAUACAGGGGAACUUAGCUGCUUGGAUACAGAAUUGGCUGGCCAACAGAAGACAGCGAGUGGUAGUAGAAGGAAAAUAUUCUGCCUGGAAGUCAGUGGUGAGUGGAGUUCCACAGGGCUCUGUCCUUGGG